GGAUAGUCUAGAUGACCACAACAGUAUGGCCAGUGGAGAGGACAUCUCAAGAUAUUUUACAGGUACACAUGAAGUACAAGAAUGUCUUGAAGGUCAAGAAAAAUCCUGGCCAUAAAAACUUUGUACCUGUAAAUCAGUUAAGUCUUGAGCAUUUUCCUUCUGGUUACCAUGACAAAGAUGUGUAUGACCACACAAAAGCCAUUGCUGACCUAACUGUCAGGAUAGCCGUUAAGUUGACCAGUCCAGACAGACCAGAGUUUGUACCAGGCACUAAAGAUCCAUAUCCUUGCUACAACACCAAGGGACAGAACUCACUGAGGACAGGGACUGGGAGGGUGUUUGGGGUGACCAAGUACACAGAGGGGAUGGACCAGACAUUUGAGACCUACAGAACUUGUCCAUGUCCUGAAUGUGACCACUCGGACACACCCAGCAAAGUGUGGUGGGAGGUUCAUGUGGAGACAGCCAGACAUGUGGUUUUUGAUGAGAGUGAGGCGAGACAGUCCAGCUGUAGGUUGUGGUUUGAUGAUGAUAAAAGUCCAGUGGUCAAGAUUUAUGGGUGGAUGGUGGAUGUGUUAGACACCGAGAGAGACUUGUGUUUCUUGCAUUGUGCGACACAUGACAUAGAUUUAGGUGAUAAACUGAAGGAGAUGUGGGGGCGGUUUUAUGGUCUAUGUGAUAAAGUAGAGGACAAAUACAAGAGUCGCAGAGAUGUGGACAAGCUGACCAUUAUAAUUGAUGAUGACGUCCUUGUGAUAGCUGGUAUUUAUCUGGCACAGUGUGAAUGGUAG